UUCUCUCAUUUAAAAAAAAAAAAAAAUCUCUUCUCCUCUCCUCUCCGCAAUUCUCAGUUUCUCAAAACCCAAAAACUCACAACUUUUUUCUCUCAGAAUUUUCCUGCGACAAUCCAGAUUUGGGAUCAAUGAAAGGGGAAGUUCAGCUAGAGUCAGUGAGUUCGCAAGACCCAGGUGACUCGGACCCUUUGUUGCAGAACAAGGCCGAUUCUUCACCAGGAAGCUCGACCGAGAUUACGGUUGAAGACGUUGAGUCUGGUUCGGUUCCUUGUUGCCGCAUUUGUCUUGAAAGUGACGCCGAGCCAGAGGACGAGUUGAUUUCUCCUUGCAUGUGCAAAGGCACUCAGCAGUUUGUUCAUCGGGCGUGUCUUGAUCAUUGGCGUUCGGUUAAGGAAGGAUUCGCCUUCUCCCAUUGCACAACUUGUAAAGCUCAAUUUCACCUCCGAGUUGAAUUGUUUGAGGACAACUCAUGGCGUCAAGUAAAAUUUCGACUAUUUGUGGCAAGGGAUGUUGUCCUUGUAUUUUUGGCUAUACAAACAGUAAUUGCUGCAAUGGCUGGCUUCGCGUAUAUCAUGGACAAAGAUGGAGCGUUCAGAAAUUCCUUUAGUGGUUGGGAUCGUAUUCUAUCAAAACAUCCCGUACCAUUUUAUUACUGUAUAGGGGUACUGGCCUUUUUUGUUCUGCUUGGAUUUUUCGGGCUCAUAUUGCAUUGUUCAUCUCUCAAUAGCAAUGAUCCACGGAUGGCUGGCUGCCAAAACUGUUGUUAUGGUUGGGGAAUAUUGGAUUGCUUUCCUGCGUCUAUGGAAGCAUGCUUUGCCCUGGUUAUUGUUUUUGUUGUGGUCUUUGCAAUUCUUGGCAUAGCAUACGGUUUCCUUGCUGCCACGAUGGCUAUACAGAGGAUUUGGCAGAGACAUUACCACAUCCUCACCAAGAGGGAGCUCACAAAGGAGUAUAUAGUGGAGGAUCUUCAUGGCUGUUAUACCCCACCAAAGUUGGACCCAGAACACGAAGAGCGGCUGAAAAUGCUUAAGCUUUUGUAAUUAUGUAAAAGGAGGUGAAUUUCUGUCUCUUGAAAAGGGUUUUAAGUUUGUCGGCAUACGGAAGGAAAAGAAUUGCUGGGUAAAUUUGUUCAAAGAAGUGGAGAGAGAAAAAAAAGUCUUUUUCUGUAAUGCUCACCCAAAAAAAAAAAAAAAAAGAAAUGUAAACCUAAUCUUGCUUUUUUGACAGAAAGUAAAAUCAUCUGUGCAGUUUUUACUUUCUUAACUUAUAUAUUAUGUUUUGUGUUCCCAGCAAUUGUUUUUACUUUCUUAACUUAUAUAUUAUGUAUCCAGUGUAUGGCAUUUGUACAUUUUCAUAUGUGCUGUUUGGAUAUUCUCGUCAUAAUAGCAGUGCUGUUUGGAUAUUCUCGUCAUAAUAGCAGUCU